UCACAUGUAUGAUCCGCUCAUGAACACAUGCAGCUAAUGAGCUCCUUUCUCAACCGGGUGGAUUGUUUCUGAGUGAAAGCUGUCUAUUGGUGAGAAUGUCACGGCGGGACCAGAGGUUUCGGAGAGGAAUGAAAGGACGGUGUUGUGAAUGUGGCUGUAUCCUUUCUCACUGGUACUAUGAAAGAGAGGGACAGCUCUACUGUAAGAAGCACUACUGGGGCCGUUACGGAGAGCACUGCCACGGCUGCAAGGAUACCAUCACAACAGGCCUCAUUAUGGUUGCUGGAGAGCAGAAGUACCACCCUGAAUGCUUCACUUGUAUGAGCUGUGAUAUGUUCAUCGGAGAUGGAGACACUUACACGCUUGUUGAACAUACGAAACUCUAUUGUGGUAACUGUCGAGGUGUAGUAUCAGCUGUGAGGUCAGAUUCUCCACUCACCAAGAGUCCCCACAUGGUGGCACUGGUGUCCCUCCCUCCCAAUGUAGGCGGAAGAAGAGGCCUCACUGUGGCCACUGAGCUCAGCCCAGACAAGAGUCCUCUCAUCACUGUGACAGAGUUAGACUCAGCUGUCCUCAGCCCACACCUGCUGUCCUCUGUCCACACUGGUGAUCAAGUACUGGAGGUCAACGGCAUUCCUGUUCGCAACAUAAACCCAGAUGAGAUACACCGUGUGAUCCAGGACACAAGCAGACCACUGCAGCUGACCAUUGAACACAACCCGCAGUCUCCUAAUGACCUCCUGCACUCAAACAAUCCACAGGACAACAUCAGGUGUCCUGGCCCCUGUACCCGCACCAAACUUAAUUCAACCCACAAACUCCCAAGUGUAGAGGAAGAGCCGAGUCCAGGGGAGGAAGCAGAUGAACCAAUCAGGAUGAGCCUCUCACCACCUCAGCACCAAGGAACCACAGGAAUGCGAUCAAGACACAUCCUACGUAGCUGUAGUAUAGAUAAGUGUCCUCUGUCCCCUGGAGCACUGUCGCUUUUAUCUCAAAAGAGAGACAUGGUUCGAUCAGAGUCUCUUCGUGUGGACCCUAGAGAACGAACCAACCGCAUCUUCAGACCUUCAGACCUAAUCCACGGAGAAGUGCUUGGCAAGGGCUGCUUUGGACAGGCUGUCAAGGUAACACAUCAGGAGACAGGGGAGGUGAUGGUGAUGAAAGAGUUGAUAAGUUUUGACGAAGAGACACAGAAGACUUUCUUAAAGGAGGUGAAGGUGAUGCGCUGUCUGGACCAUCCCAAUGUUCUGAAGUUCAUUGGACUGUUUUAUAAAGACAAACGAAUAAACUUCGUCUCUGAAUACAUCCAGGGAGGAACGCUCCGGGAGACCAUCAUCAAGAUGGACAAAGACUUUCCCUGGAGUAUAAGAGUGAGCUAUGCCAAAGACAUUGCAGCUGGAAUGGCCUAUCUACACUCCAUGAAUGUUAUCCACCGAGAUCUAAACUCACACAACUGCCUGGUCAGAGAGAACCAGUCAGUGGUGGUGGCAGAUUUUGGACUAGCCAGGCUGGUGAUGGAGGAGAGGAAUCAGAGUAGAACAUCUUCUAUGGAGCGGCCUGUGAAGGGGACAUUAUCAGAGCUCCGCAGGCAUGACCGCAGGAAGCGGUACACUGUGGUUGGAAACCCCUACUGGAUGGCCCCUGAGAUGAUCCAUGGAAAAACCUAUGAUGAACGGGUGGACAUCUUUUCCUUUGGUAUCAUGAUAUGUGAGAUAAUAGGUAGAGUGAAUGCCGACCCUGACUACCUUCCCCGGACAAAUGACUUUGGGCUAAAUGUAGCUGGUUUCCUGCAGCAGUACCAUCCUCCACAGUGCCCCUCAGCCUUCCUGCCGUUGGCUGUGCUCUGCUGUGACAUGGAUGCUGAUAAACGUACGUCUUUUUUAAAGCUUGAGGAGUGGCUGGAGAACCUGAUGAUGCACCUGGACAUUGGUCUACCUUUGCUCUCUGAGUUAGAGCAGCUCCGUAGAGCCUUCUGGGAGAAUCACAACCACCAAAACCCCUCUCACAACCAGGACAACACCCAGAAUCCUCAUGAGCAAACACACUGUUCACAGCCACAACAACAAAGCCCUGACCCUAAGCAACGUUCAGACGAUUCAAAUAACCACACAGAGCCUAAUCGCCUCACUCAAAGCCAAGACCCAAACAGCACACCUGACAGCCAUUCGGAUGGACAGCAACACACAUGUAACAACCAUGACAUGAGGACUGAGCAGGACCUCUCCUGUUUGAACAGAGAAUGUACGAAUUGCUCACAAGACAAGAGCCAGUGUUGCAGGUCUUCAAGCAUAGACUCAGGCAAGAAUGGCUCUGAAACCUAUGAACAUAAUAACCUCUCAGGACAAGAAAAAGUCCAGCACCAGCCCUCACAACCACUGCAGGUCAACAGGUCGCUGCUAGGACAGUCUAACAGGCACAGGGGGACAUGCAGAGCGCUGUGGGACAGAUCUACAGAGGAGAGUUCUUUUCUCUAAAUGAUGGCCAAAAUUGAUUGGCCAAGACAGGACACAUCUACAAAGCCAAGUUUUGAGGGAUAAAACACAUCAUGACCACACUGGUGUCUUUUCAAACAAUUGGGAAAGCACUAAAAGAAUCAGCAAUAUGUGGAGGACUAAUGCGUAGAAAACCUGCGAAUAUAAAACCAAUGAAUACAGAUUCAUACGGGAUAUUUUACAUGAGAGUUAAAUUUCACCACAGCUUGAUAACAAUUGCCUAGCACAUUACAUUUGCCUCCUGUGAACCAGUAUUUAUAAGGGUUCAACUAGAGCUUGACCGAUACAGGAUUUAGUUGAUGCCAAUAUUGACAAUUUGGAGUUUAAUAUAAAAAUACUAUAGCAGCAUAUUGGCUGUAAGAAACAAACAUUUUUGAUAAGGAUUCCUUAAAUUCCCCCAAAUCUGUCAGUGCUCUCUGAUGGACAAUCUACAAUAUUUUUUCUAAAUGAACUUAAACAUAUCUUUUGCAUUUCUGAAUUACAAUUUCUCUUUACUUAUUGGCCAACAUCUAAAGAAUGAUGAUAUUAGUACAUCUGUCAUAAGCUAAAACUAGCCGGCCAAUUUAUCGGUUGGGCUCUGGUAUCAACUUAUUCCAUAAGCUGUGAAACACUUGGCACUUUAUACUUUAAGCUACAUUGCAUGGGUCACUUAUUUAUCAGAAUUUCUUAUGUAUUUUCUGUUAAACAUGUCCAGACCACAUCCAACACACUGAGCUGUGAACAUAUAAAACUACAACUGUAGUUAACAAUAAAAAGUCAACUGUAAAUUGA